AUUCUUGUAUACUAUUGUUCACCAUUCACGAGAGAUCCAUGACCUCUCAUUAAYAUCCACCUGAUAAUCGAGACCGUGACAAAAGGCAAAGAUUGCUUUUGAAACAGAGAUAUUGCAUUUCACAACUACAAUUAACAUGGCGAGCACCUCACUGAGAUCCAGCUCGGUCAAACUCGACAACAUAGACGACUAUCUGGCUCCUUCUCAGGCAUGUGUCAACCCGGCAUUUCAGCCAUCUACAAAAAUGGGGAAAUCWAACARAAAAGAUGGUGAGUUGACAACAAAGAAGGAGUCUUCCACCAAUCUCAUAGUUCCUCGYCGCCGCCGACGGAUUGUGCRAAAGAAAUUAAUCUCCUCCACGACCGACGCUGCGGGCCGUCUGGAAACAACAACGGCAUCGAUAGGAGUGAGAGCUACGACUUCGAUGCCCUUGUCUCAACCACCGACUCCGCUACAGGGGAAGGAAGGAACGAAACCAAAAAACAAGGCCGUAAAAGCUUCCAUGGCAGAUUGUCUCGCUUGUUCGGGAUGCGUAACAACAGCCGAAACGGUCAUGAUGGAGGAGCGGCAUUCUCUCAAAAGCCUUCGAAAGCGAUUAUCGUCGUCUUCGAAGGAAGGUGACAAGCGACCUCGAAUUGUAACGAUAUCCCCAAACUCCUGGGCUGAUAUGUGCCGCCAUUGGAACCUACCACUAACGAAGUUGAAUGGGGGUGAUGAGAAMGGGAACAAAGAACAGAAAUCGUGCCAACGCGACGAUGGCGAGCCCAGUAAAAACGUCAAUCAGAAUAGCGAACAAUACGACCACCAUUUCUACUUAUCAAGGUUUUCAACCUUGCUGUGGAAGAUUUUGUCCGUCGAGGUGGUCGUGGAUGGGAAUAUACCGUUGCAAUGGACGUGGAUCGACGAGGCCGAAGAAUUUUGUCAGAUCUACAACGAAACAAAUAAAAAUUAUUCCACCUUUCAKGUAGAUCCUCCAGAACCAAAGACGAAGCAGGAUGUCCUUGAUUCUCCUCCUCUUCCAUCUAUGGCCAUUGAUUCGUCAAAGACAUUGUAUUACAAAUCGGACGGAAGCUCCGAAAUUCGGGAGAAUGCGAAAAGACCAACUCCGAAUUUGCCAUUGAUCAGCGGCUCGUGUCCCGCUCUGGUAUGCCUUGUGGAGAAGACACUAACUAGAUUGGUCCCGCAUUUGUCUCAGAGCACAUCUCCGAUGAGUUUGGUGGGUAUGAUACUGAAGCGCGAGGAUGGUGAGAAUGAUUGCGAUGAAACUUUUACCGAGCUUAUUGAAACCGAUAGUAUGGAUCCAACGAAGAAUGUCGAGAAUGGUACGAGCAGAACGAGCAAYGCGAGCAAUUGGGAUCACUGGGCGAUUAUGCCAUGCCACGAUAAGAAGUUGGAGGCCUCACGAAAAGAUUUUGCGAGCUCGAAUGAUUCCAAGGAGCAGGCGGUAAAUCUUGUGAUAAGYACACAAGAAUGCGUCGAGUUGGUGGAAGAAUGGAUAAAGAUUGAACAAAAGCAAUGGCAACAGCAGCAACAUGACGAAGAUAUACAAGCAACAACGGAAUUUCCUUCAAAUAUGAGCGUCGUGAGUUAUUUGGAAGCAUUGACUCCCAGUGAUGUAAACACAACUGUGUUAGAGCCCGAAGAUUUACUACAACGAUUGUCUACCCACACUAUCAAGGACAAGUCGCUGCCGCUGUUGUUGACAACUGCCGCAUUUUAUUGUAGAGAAGUAACCACAAAGUUUGCAUCAAAGACAGGGAUAGUGCAAAAUCACCAAAUGGCCUUUUCUUCUGGCGGACACGCCAACUUUAUUUUUCGCUACGCUGCCAAAAAACUCUUUGGAUGUACGUUGUUUGAUGACAACGUCGACAACCAUGAUCUUGGGAAAGGGAUAAAUGUUAGAUGGCAUCCUGCAUCGUUGGYCACGAAAAAUGUUCGAAGCGCACGAUUGGGAAAACUUUUGAAGCAGCAUUACUAUGAAACGAAAUUGUACCGCUAUCGGGAUGGUUCCUAUGGCACCGUUCCGGUAGUAGCUGACAACGGCGAGGAAUCAUCGACUACCGUUCUUCGUUUCGCUAUCGCCCACGGGAUGCAAACCAUGCAACGGGCGUUGAAACAAGUGGUGGAAGUGCCGAUUCGCAACACCGCCAACUCAGAUGAUGCUACUAGUACYUUGCACUAUCUCGAAGCAAUGGCGUGUCCUCAYGGCUGCGUGAAUGGUGGCGGCUCUGCCCGCUCGUCAAAAACAAAUGAGACGGCCAAUAUACGAGAAACCCCUACAGAAACACGGCAGCGAGUUCGAUCGACUUUAGGCAACCUUCAAAUACCAUUUGUGAUCCAGAACGAUACUUUAGUUGUCCCCAAAAAGCAUCAAAAUUUCGUGCCAUCUCUGCGAACAGGGUAUCACGUGGUUCCAGCGAUGAAUUACAAAACAGGAGCAGUGGCUGGAGAGAAGGUUGAAAAUAUGGUAUGGUGAUGAUGAUUCAUUCAGUAGGUCAGAAAUAACAAGCUCAUCUAUCCAGAUUCUUAGCUUAUUAAAUUGAGAUUUGUAUC